AUGACAGCUUCUAUUGAAGAACUUUCUUCCUCCCUGCACGAGACCUUACUCUCCCAUCCUUUUGUGAGCGAACAAAAAAAUUUUUGUUAGCUCACGGAGGGGGGUUAAUUUUUUUUUUUUUUCGAAAUUUUAAAAAAAAAACCCUAAUUCGCAAAAAUUGGAAAGCAAAUAUUAAUUUAAUUUAUAAAAUUUAUUUUUUUAAAGCACAAUUUGUUUAAAAAUUAAACAGAAUUAGCUAUAGAUUUCGUUAUACUAAUAUCAUUUAUAUAUCAAAAUUUUUUUCAUAAAAAUCUUUGUUCGCUCGCAGAGGGUGGGUUUUUCAGCAAAAAAUAAGGAUUUUUCUAAUGGUUUUGUUUGCUCAGGAGGGGGAAUUUAGUAAGCCACAAAGUUUUCGAAACUGCUCAAGGGAACCAACUCCGAGCUCAAAUCAUUUCUUCUCUUACACAAGAAUUCCAAGCCUGGUGCCCACAAGGCAAAGUUAUAGCAUUCGGAUCUUACAAACUAGGGGUCCAUUCUCCUAACACAGAUUUGGAUAUUUUGUGUAUUGCACCGAAAAAUAUUUCUCGUUCUGAAUUCCAAACCGAAUUCUAUGAGCGCUUGUCCUCUAUGAACGGUGUGUUCUAUUGCCAUGGCGUGUUUCGUACCAAAGUCCCGAUAAUUAAACUUAUAAUAGAAAGCACAGCAGUCGACCUCUUAUACGCGAACGUCGAUGCAGAGAACUUACUUGACGAUGCAAUUUUUGAUGUUUGUGACGAAGCGACAAUGCUCAGCCUCAAUGGAUACAGAAAUAAUGAAAUUUUGUUAAGGCUUGUUCCUGAUAUAGAAAAGUAUCAAAUGGUUUUAAGAGCAAUCAAACUCUGAGCGAAAAGAAAAGGUCUUUACUCUAAUAUAUUCGGCUACUUACUUCCCUAUUUUAAAUUGGAACAAAAUAUUGAUAAAUUUUCCACUAUAUAGAUACUUUAAUCUCUUUAAAUUUGAAAAAAAAAAAUCAAUUGAGUGAAAAUGCUAGUUUUUGUAAAAUAGUUUUAUAUAGAUAAAAUGGCGCUGACGGUCAGCGAGACUUCCUGAUCCUAUUCUUCAGCAUUGAUUUUAUUCCAAUUUAAAGGCGCGCAGUUAGGCGGUGCAGCAUGGAGUUUGAUGGUUGCUAAGGUCUGCAUGAUGUAUCCUGGACUUUCUGAUGUGGAAAUUAUAUACAAGUUUUUUAAGGUCUACAGCGUUUGGGACUGAAGUAUCCCAAUUUGCCUGACCCCAGCAGAAUUUCACCAGAAGAUGGAUAUCUACAGCACUAGAAGCGCAAACGACAAAAGUUAUAUUUCAAUUAUGACCCCGGCAUUUCCAAGAUAUAAUGCAGCUUACACACUUUCUUCCUCAGGCUUUCACUUGAUAAACCAAGAAGUAAAGCUUGCCUACAAAAUCACAGAAGAUAUUUUUGCAGGUGUUGCAACAUUUGACGACUUAUUUGCAGAAAUCGACUUUUUCCAACAGUUCAAGUACUUUCUCCGGGUCGAAAUUCAAUCGUCGACCGCUCUGGACUUCGAAAAUUGGCAUGGGCUUGUAUCAAGCCGAUUAAAGUUUUUGAUAGCAGAUCUCGAGUGCACUUACCCAAAGCCGCGUGUUUUGAUUUACUCAAGAUCAUUUCCAUCUCCAACUCCAAAAUACCCAUAUUCAAGUGCAUAUUACAUUGGACUCAAUUUCAAAGAGAUGUCGUCGUCAACAAUUGACUUGAGGUCCCCUGUAAGCAACUUCUGCCAGAUCCUCAAUGAACAGAAGCCAAAUCCGGCUACCAUGAACAUUAGGAUUCGAUUCAUCCCAAGAAAUCAUUUAGAGCCUUUUAUAGUGAAGCCGAUACUUACAUAG